UCUGUAUGUUCUCUGAAAUGUGUAACACAAGUAUAAUAUACAAUAAUAUCUAAAUCCAUCACAUGAAGCAGUUGUAAUUAGAUUAACUUCUUAUGUCUCUUCACUGCUGGCUGUCAUUCCCACUCAUAUUUGUUCCAUUUAUGGUAAAGGUAUGCUGUGACGUAACUGCUCCCUCUUCACUCAAGUUACCACAUGCCUGCAACAGUGAAAGCCUUGUGCUGAGGAUAUAGCGGCUAUAUAAAUAUGGAAUUUGCUCUGAUCCAACGUCUGGCGUAGACAGACCAGUCGCCAUUUCCUCCACACACCAAAGAUGACCACUCCAUCAAACCUUACCCAAGCAGCGCCACAGCAAGAGCGCUUCCUGGUAUUGUUUGACUUUGACGAGACCAUCAUCGAUGAGAGCAGUGACGAUGCUGUGUUGCGUGCUCUGCCAGGCCAACGGCUCCCUGACUGGCUGAGAAACAGCUACAGGGAGGGGCACUACAACGAGCACAUGCAGAAGGUCUUGGUGUAUAUGGCGGAGCAGGGUGUGUCUAAGGACUCCAUCCAGUCAGCGGUGGAGAAUAUCCUACCCACACCUGGCCUCCUUAGGCUCUUCCAGUAUCUGCAGAGCCACCAGCAGGACUUUGAGCUGGCGGUGGUCUCGGACGCCAACAUGUUCUUCAUCGAGACAUGGCUGGAGCGUGCUGGGGUGCGCCAACUUUUCCGGAAGAUCUUCACAAACCCGGCCAGUUUUGAUGCAACUGGUCGUCUCGAGCUGCUCCCUUUCCACUCCCACUCAUGCUCCCGUUGUCCUGACAAUAUGUGCAAGCAGGUGAUCCUUCAGGAGUAUCUGGCGGGCAGAGAAAAGGAGCGUGGCGGUACUCCCUUCCAAAGGGUGUUCUAUAUCGGAGAUGGGGCCAAUGAUAUUUGUCCCUCUCUGGCUCUGGGGCCCCGGGACACAGCCUUCCCCAGGAGGGACUUCCCCAUGCACAGACUGCUGCUGGAGAUGCAGCAGUCCCAGGCAGCCAAGUUCAAGGCUAACAUAAUUCCUUGGGUCAGCGGCGAGGACAUAGUGGACUGCCUGAAGAAAAUAAUGGAGGAGAGAUGA